GUCCUGACAGUUCCUCAGCUAGAACCCUCUUACCCCUUUGAGACAGGCCGCUUCAAAUUGCAGAAACCAAUAAUAAGGAUUCUGUGGAUGGAGCCAAUUUACAGUUUAGACAGUUGGAUAGCUUUGAAAUACCCCAACAUUGCAAUAUAUGUGGAUACAUGUCGAGAAUGCUAUGAAGCUUAUGUCAUCUAUAAUUUUAUGGUUUUUCUUUCAAAUUACCUAACCAACCGAUAUCCAAACCUCGUAUUAAUAAUAGAAGCAAAAGAUCAGCAGAGACACCUGACUCCCCUGUGCUGUUGUCCAUCGUGGGCAAUGGGAGAAGUUCUGUUAUUUAGGUGUAAGCUGGGUGUUUUGCAGUACACUGUUGUCAGACCGUUUACUACUAUUAUUGCUUUAAUUUGUGAACUCGUAGGCGUGUAUGAUGAAGGAAACUUCAGCUUCGACAAUGCUUGGACUUACCUGGUUAUACUUAACAAAAUGUCACAGCUAUUUGCUAUGUAUUGUCUAGUGCUGUUUUAUAAAGUACUGCGUGAAGAACUGAACCCUAUCCAACCUGUUGGCAAGUUCCUUUGUGUGAAGAUGGUAGUUUUUGUUUCCUUCUGGCAAGCUGUGCUUAUUGCAUUGCUGGUGAAAGUUGGUGUUAUUUCUGAGAAACACACUUGGGAAUGGCAGAGCGUGGAAGCUGUGGCUACAGGCCUACAGGAUUUCAUCAUUUGCGUUGAAAUGUUCCUAGCUGCUAUUGCACAUCACUACAGUUUUUCCUAUAAACCUUAUGUUCAAGAAGCGGAAGAAGGGUCCUGCUUCGACUCCUUUCUUGCAAUGUGGGAUAUUUCUGAUAUAAGGGCAGAUAUAUCAGAACAAGUUCGAAAUGUUGGAAGGACGGUUCUGGGCCAGCCAAGAAAAAUGUUUUUUGCCGAGGAUCAUGAACAAAAUGAGCAUACAAGUUUACUAUCCUCCUCUACUCAAGACCCAAUUUCUGAUGCUUCUUCAAUGCCAUCAUCACCUAUGGGACAUUACCAGGGGUUUGGACACACUGUGACACCUCUCACAACACCAACAACGGUCCCUGCAGUUGAUGGUAUUUAUAACAGUUCUGCUACUCGAGACACUGAGGAAUCACCUGAGCACAGUUCGUCAGAGAAAGCUUUGGAUAGAAGUUAGACUCACCUUUUUUGAAUGUGUCAAGGAGCCUGUUUGUUAUGUUCUUGCCACAUACAUCUGGUUAGCAUUAUACUACUAGUGCUGGAAGUUGAAUAGCAAGGAGUAGCUACUGUGCAGGCAAGAGAAGGAUAUGGCUGUAACUGACAUCUUAAUGUUCUGAGUCCGUAACGGUUAUGAGUAUCUGAGUGCCCUAUGAAUAUAAAACGCACACUGUAAAAGUUUCUGCAGAAAUUCAAGUAUUGUAUCCUUGAACUGCUAAACAUUCAUACAACCGUUAUACAAAAGUGCAGUAAAUCUACACACCUUUCUGUGAAUACAAAAGAAAGACUUGAAAAAACACUAUGCUCUUCAAA